AUGCUUUUCCACACAAUCACCGGCUUUGCCCUCCUCUCCCUCACCACUGCCAGCGCGAUUGCGCCUCGCGCGGGCUGCGGAGAAGGAACACAAAAGAUCUGCUACGGCGUCGACGGCGGCACCUCUCAGAACAUUGACCCGGAAGAUGUCCAGUACGUCGCCGAGUAUCUCCGCUCGCUGAGCGCCGAAAACGAGGGCAAAAACAAGUUCUGGACCAUGCCCAAGUCCAUUGACUGCGCCGAGUGGUCCCUGCCCGUUUUCAACGCCGGCACAGUGCUCGCCCUCGUCAAGCACAUUGACAACCGCGUCCUAUCUUCUGUCCUUUUCGAGGACCUCGCCAUGGCCAUUGAUGGGGGCAAGAAUGCAGCGGACAAGGGAAAGAAUGAGCUACUCGGGUGCGGCAGGAAUGGCGGCCAGGUGGGCGUCACGGCAAAUACCAGCAAUCCUCUUUAUAACUCGGCCGACUACAAGAGCAGUGGAGCAAAGCCAACUGGCCUUGUUAUCAAGCUUGUCAAAGCCCCUGCCACUUAG